AUGCAUAUUAAUAACAAUUCAAAGUUUGUUAUUGAAAGUUAUAAACCGGAACAACCUUAUACAGCACGUUUAAACAGAAUUUUAGAGGAAUAUCCUGAUGGCACUCAAGUCUUACGGGAAAUUCUUCAAAAUUCUGAUGAUGCUGGAAGCACUCGUCAAGACUUUAUUUUGGAUUAUAAUACUUAUGGUGUAGAACGUUUGUAUGAUAAAGCCCUUUCCAGAUAUCAAGGUCCGGCUCUGUUGGCACUGAAUGAUUCUUUAUUUCGAGAUGAGGAUUUUCAGUCAUUAAUAAGAUUGGAAGACAGUGUAAAGAAACAAGAAUAUAAUAAAAUCGGCGCCAUGGGACUUGGGUUUAACUCUGUCUACCAUUUAACUGAUGCACCUUUCCUUAUAAGUGGAGAAAAUUUUAUUUUUUUUGAUCCACAUGAACGUGGCUACUUUAACGAGAAGUAUCGCGGAUAUAAAAUUAAUUAUGUUAACUCGGAUUUUCAAUCAAAUAAUCCGGACCACUUUGUCCCUUUUCCAAGAUCAUCAGAUGGAGGUUACGAAGGCACAAUAUUCAGAUAUCCUCUACGUACAGAAGAUGAUGCAAAAGAAUCUAAGAUAUCUAAAAAAAUUUACAAGCCAGAAGAAAUUUUCCAAAUGUUUAAAAAAUUUCAUGAUAUCGAUAAUAUAUAUUGCUUGAUUUUCUUAAAAUCAAUUAAACAAAUAUCAUUUUAUCAAAUCAAAAAAGGCAGCAAAGAAAAAGAAUUGUUAUACAGAAUUGAAUUAACAAACAAUGACGAAAUAAAAGAUCAGAGAAGAAAAAUUGCAAAUGAUAUUCCAGAAAUAAUGAAAUCCUUACCAUCUGCUGUAGAAAAAAAAGAAAGCUCUGUCAGCACAGAGAGUAUUAAGUUGAUUUACAAAGCAAAUUUUAAAAUUGAAUCGUUUGUCGAUGAUGAAAUCAGAUCUUCUUCGAGCGAAUGGUUAAUAAUUAAUUACUUGGGCGAUGUUAAAGAAACAAAUAAUCAUUUUUAUGAAAAAUUUAAAAAAUAUAUUCGUGACUAUAAAUUCGUUCCAAAUGUUGCGCUUGCAGUUAGAAUCGAUAAUGUGACUGAGAACAGUGGUGGUUUAUUUUGCUUUUUGCCAAUACCCGGGAUUAUUCAAGAAUUUUCAAUAUUGGUGAACGGAUAUUUUGCUGUUAGUAAAAAUAGAAGAAAUAUUGAGGCUUUUGUUAAUGAUGAUUUGUCCGAAGACUCUUUGCCAAGAUUAAGAGCUUAUUGGAACAAAUAUCUUUUCGCACACCUUAUACCAAAUGCAUGGGAGACGCUUCUAAAGGAGUCUCGUAACUAUGUUAACAAUGAUGAUAUUUAUACAAUUUGGCCAACAUCUAUUAAUGCCAAUCAAUCAUCAUCUGGAAGCUCUAGAUCAAUUCUAUGGAAAGAAUUAUUGCAAGAUGUCAUAAAGCUCUUAAGUCCUGAUUUAGAAAUAUAUCGUGGUCCCUCAACAAUUUCUGAAUUAAAUAAUAACAAAGGUUAUCUAUCUUUAAAAAAUGGAUUUUUGGUUGAUGAAAAUUAUAAAAAUUUUGAAAAGAUAUCAACAAUUUUGGAGAGUAUUGGGUUUCCAUUGUUUGUCAAAAUGCCAAAAUCAAUAAUCGAGGCUUUAAAAAAUUCUCAACACGAAAGCUUAAUAAAAUAUAUUACACCAGAUUUUGUUUGUAAAUAUUUAUUGAAAAACUUAAAUAAAUGGCAAAAUGAUUGGGAUUAUGAUUCCAAAAUUGAAAUAUUGGAAUAUGUCAUCCAAACACAAGAUGUCACCGCUUUACACAAUUUACCCUUAAUUCCGUUAAGUGACAAAACUUUUGGAACCUUUGGACCAAGUAAUAAACCAACUAAAUUCCUUUGCCUUAAAAAUGAACAACAUUUAAUUAGCAAAAAGCAAGAUGUUGUAGAUAAUGAAAUUAAAAAAGGAAUUUGGGAUAGAUUAUGUGAAAUUGUUAAAAAUGAGUGUAACAUUAAUUUUACUUUUCUUGAUGAUAACACCUUUUCUGAUUUCCUAAAAAAUUCAAUAACUGGAUCUUCAACAGUAAAUCCUGAAAUUCGAGCAAAUGAUCAGGUUGAAUUGGUUUACAAAAUUUGGAAUCAUUUCGUAGAUACAAACAGAGAUUUGAAGUAUUAUAAAGACCUACAUCUCUUGAUAAUUCGGAGGGGAAAUACUUCAUACUUGCGAAAAUUAAGUGCUGAACCCAAAUGCUUAAAAUACGAUCACACCAAGAACGGCCUUCGAGAAACAGCCGAGAUCUUUAAAUUAUUGGGUGUUGUUUUUUUGGAGGAUCGAUUUUUAAAGCAUAAUAAAAUCACGAGAUGGGAAAAUAUUACAAAAUAUAUAAUUGAUAUUAAUGAAGAUAAAAUCAAGGUUUUGGAUAUUCUAAAUCCAAAUAAUAUGCAGGUUGAUUUUAAUCCCAAACAAAUCGAUAUAAUUGUUAAUUAUAUCAAUGAUGGAUUAAGAAAUGAAAAAGAUAUUUCAGAAGAUUUAAAAAAUACUAUUAAACAUCUUCGCAUAUUUAAUGAACUAAAUAAUAAUUUACCAAAUACAAGUAUCAUAAGCUCCUCAAAUAAUAAUAACAAUACAAUUAAUUACUUAUUACCGGAUGAAGAGGAAAAGAAACCUAUGCCUAUUAUAACACGUUCUGAUGUUAAGUUUUGGAAUAUAAUAUGUCCGAAAAAUAUUCGACCUAUACUAGAAGAUAUCUUAAAGAUUCCAAAAUUAGAACAAAAAACAUACUUUUUUAAUCAUGUGCUUCCGUACUUGGACAAAGCUACCCCUAUAUCUAAGGUGGAUCAAAUAAUUUCGGAUAUUUUCAAUAGAUGGGAAAGUUUAGUGUCAAAACAAGCUGGGAUGUUGGAUAAAUUAAAAGAAAUUAGAAUUGUUAAAAUUAGUGACACGGGUAAUUUUGAGAAGGAUUUCAAAAAACCAAGUGAAGUAUAUACUAAAGAUAGCUCGAAAAAUUUCAUUAAUCUAUUCUUCAGGAACGAAAUUAUUUAUCCGAUCAAUAACAAAAGUGUUCCAAAUUAUUUCAAUAAAAUAGAAGCCUUGGGAGCUAAAUCAACUUUAACAGUGAAGGAUUUGAUUGAUAGAAUGAAUUUAUAUUUGGAUAAAAUAAAACAACUUGACAAAGAGUUGCAUGGAAAACCAUUGUCUUUAUUAAAAUAUAUUGAUAGAAAUUAUGCUGAAAUGUGCCAAACAGAAGAUAAAAGCCAAUUAUUUAGCUUAAUGAUAAACCAAAGUUGGAUACCAGCAGUCAAGUCUGAAAGAAAUGGUUCUAAGAUAACAAUUUAUAAGAAACCUAGCGAAUGUUGCGAUAAAAAAUACGAGUCGUUGGUUUUUCAUGCUAAACCAAUCGUUGGUUAUGAAGUUGAAAAUGAUAAAUUGAGAGCAAUUCUUGGAUGGAAUGAGCUACCACCAAUAAGUCUAGUAAUCGAAGAAUUAUUAAUAACUAUCGAAAGAUAUCAUAGUGAUAAAAAUAAAAAUAAUUUUGAUUUUGAUAAAAAAAAAAAGCUCGAUAAAAAAAUACAAUCUAUUUAUCAGCAUUUUAACGAUGUUAUUGAUAAAGACUCUAAUCUAGAAAUGCUUAAGUCAAAGUUAAAAGAUAAAUCUUGGGUUUUGAACCGCUCAGAAUUCUACAAAACAAGUCAAUUAUUUUUUGAUCGUUUUAAUGUGGAUGGAUAUAUAGUCCAAUUAUCUCACGAUAAUUCAAGUAAUUAUAAAAAAUUUUUCAAAAAAAUGGGAGUGAAAGAUCAAUCAGAUGUGACAUAUAUAAUAUAUGUGGUUAAUAAAAAAAUUGAAGAAAUCAAAAAUGCUAGAGAGACAAAAUCUAAUAAUAAUAACAUUCAUCUACUAAAAUUUAAAUACGAUACUGAAAUUAAUGAAAUUUCUCGACUUUAUGGAAGAUUGUCUGAAAUCAAAUCGUCCAAGGAGUCAUCAUUAACGAAGGAAGAAUUGUUAGCUAUCGAAGAAUUGCUGAUACCAAAUAUGAAUGAUGGUUUCGUUAAAAUAAAAGAUGCUUUAUUUAAUGACAUGGCCAAUAACUUCAUACAAUCGGAUGAAAUAUUAAAUAAAUUGGUUCAUGAUGGCAUUCCUAAAGUUGUCACAAAUAAACUCUCCAUAAAGAAUUAUAGCGAAGUCAUUAUAAAUGAUGCAGACAUUGGUUUGGAGGAAUUCGGGCAACAUGAACGUUUAACUAAUAGAUUAAACAAAAUCCUUAAGGAUUAUUAUCGUAAAGAUGUUGUCUUUCAAGAAUUUUUACAAAAUGCCGAUGACGCUAAAGCAACAAGAUUUUCAGUAAUAAUUGACAAAGGUCAAUAUAAUAAAGACCCAGAAAAAGCAUCAUUAUUAUCGAAAGGUAAUGGUUUAGAACAUUGGCAAGGGCCUUCGAUUCUUAUUUACAAUGACAAGACUUUUACUGAAGAAGAUUUGGUCAAAAUAUGUGAACUGGGUACUGGUAGUAAAUGGGGUGAUUUAACAAAAAUUGGUAAAUUUGGAUUGGGAUUUAAUUCCUGUUACAACUACACAGAUUUACCAAGUUUCAUUACGGGCAAAUAUGUUGUCAUAUUUGAUCCACAUAAAAAAUAUUUACCAAAAAAUUAUCCAGGCAUUAAAAUUAAUUUUAUAGACAAUAGUUAUAUGAUCAAACAAUUUUACGAUCAAUUUGAGCCUUUUGAUAACUUUGCUUUAAACAAUGAAGAUCCUAUUUUUCAAUUUAAAAAGCCAUUUCCUGGAACACUGUUUAGAUUACCACUUAGAAAUAGUAAAGUCAAAAGUUUAAUUUCUACAAAAAUGGAUAAUAUUUCCGUAAUCAAAGAAUUAUUAUUGGAAUAUAGAGAUCAGAUGUUAUCCGAAUUAAUAUUUCUUAGAAAUAUUAAAUCAAUGGAAGUUUACGAGAAAUUGGGAAAAACCUUUCCACCAAUAUUAAAAUGGAAAGUAGAUGUAACGAAUAUUUCCAAUGAAAAUUAUAGAACAGAUCUUGGCAAAUAUUCUAGUACAUUUUAUUUAUCAACAAAACUUUUUGAAGACAGUGCUAAAUUUGAAGUAUCAACCAAUUGGUUAAUAUGUUCUAGUGGCAUGGAUGAAGAAAUCGAAGACAAAAGUUUAGAAAAAUAUUCAAAAGAACAUAAAUUGAAUCAUUCAUCCGGAAUUGCUAUAUUACUUGAUUAUGAAUCAAUAAGAAGUCCAACUACAAAUCUAGUCGGUAAGAUCUAUUCAAACUUGUCGUUGCCUUUAAAAACUGGGCUUAAAUUUAAUUUGAAUUCAUGUGGCUGGGAAUUAUCAUCAGACAGAAAUAAUAUACAAAUCGCACGGCAAGGCAUACGUGAUGAUAAAGCAGUUUGGAAUAAUUUUAUACUUGAUAAAAUAUUGCCAAUUUUGAUUAGCGAAAAAGAUCAUAAGGUAUUUUGGAGUGAAUUAGAUAACGGGAAAUUUGUUGGAUUUAGUGAAGCUUAUAUUGGAGAUUACUCAAUUGAAAGUGUCGUUUUUGAUUAUCUUUUGGACAAUGGCAUAGCUGUAGUGAAAUUACAAAGUGAAGAAAUAAAGAGUUUUGAUGAUUAUAAUAUCCCAUAUAAGAAAGUCAACGCGAAAUUAGUUAAAGAUCUUAAAGAGGCUGAUUUAUUUAAUAAAUUUCAAACUGAUAAAUUUCAGAAUUCUACAGAAAUUAAAAAUUUUGAUUCUUUCACUAUAUCAAAAGUUCUCGAAGCUGAUUUACCAAGAAAUUCUUGUAUAGAUUACAACCCAAGUUCAUUGGAAAUACCAAAUAAAUAUUGGCUUGGUGAAAUAUGGCGUAUUAUCAAUUACAGCAAAAAGAUUGAUCUAGGCCUAAGUGGAUUCCCACUGAUUGAAAUUUGUGAUGAAAUGGAAUCUGACGAAUUUAAGUUUAAUAAAUUAAUUAGUUUAGAGGAGGCCAGAAGAAAAAACCCUUUAUCAAAAUCAUAUGAUGACAAAUUAAACAAAAUUUUGGUUAAACUUAAUAUAAGAAUUGCAACUAGGUCUUUAGAAGGUUAUGUAUUGGAACAUAAUAAUAUUAACUUGAUUAUAUCAUUGAGGAAUUAUGAGUGUUAUGAUAGGAUUAGUUCGCUCAGUGCAGAUGAAAUUGAUUAUCUUAGAUCUUGUAUUUCAGCAAAUUUAUUAUACAAUUUGAGUAAUUAUAAUGAAAAGCUUCUUGAAAUACAACAAAUUUUAAAAAACCUUCCAAUUUGGCGAACUUAUUCAAGAACACCGAUUUAUCAAAGAUCUAGUGAUGUUUAUUUAUUACCUGAAGACAUUCCAUACUUUCCUACGAAUACCGCCGUUCGAUUUGUCAAGCUAAAGAAUAGCGAUAGAUCGACUGCAAAAAUUUUCAGUAUUCGAGAACGUUCAUUAUUCGAAUAUAUUACAAAUGACAUAUUACCAUACAUAAGCAGAAAUAUGACUGAAGAUUUAAAAGGAAAAUACGUGAACAUUUUAAAUUCAACUUUUCAGAAAUGUGAUGCAAGUUUGAUUAACUAUCUUAAAAACAAAUCAUUUUUACCAAAUAUAACUUUCGAAAAGUUGUAUUUUGCAAGAGAUUUGUAUGACACAAAUAAUAAAAUUUUUAAAGAUUUAUUCCAAUAUUCAAAAAAAUUUGUGCAUCCAGAAUUGCAAUCAAAUCCAAAAUCCUUGGAAGUUCUUAAAUCAAUGGGAUUUAUUCAUAAUUUAUAUUACGAAGACACUUUUAUAAAAUGUGCCGAGGAAAUAGAAACUCUGUCAUGCACAGAAGACAUAAGCAGCGCUGAUAUUAAAAAUUUAGUUCAAGUAUCGGAAAAUCUACUAGAUUAUUUAUAUACUAAUAUUGAAAGUGGCUUAAUACCUGAAGAAGAUACGCUGUUCAGAAUCAAGUUUGUUCCUAUAUCAUCAAAUGACGCCUUAAAUGCUCCAUACAAAUACCAUACGCCCGAAUUAUCAGGCGAAUCACAAGCUUUUGAAUGUUUCAACAAUUUGGCCUUAAAAAAAAAUUUAGAAUUGUGUUGGACUCAAAAGUUCUUUUACUCGGAAAAAGUUGUACCUCAUGGUAAGAUUUUAAAAACCUAUCAAUCAAUCGAGAAACCGGGUAUAGAAAUAGUUAUUGAACAUUUGAAGCGUAUCGCAAACGACUUAUCAAGAUCAGAGAAAUGGAGACACCAAAAAAAAUUGUUGUUUGAAGUAGUCGAGAAAAUUUAUGCAUAUUUCGAAUCAUUAUGUGGUGCAGAUGAGGAUGAGGAUGAGUUACUGAAAUCAUCGUUUAAUGGUCAAAAGCUUAUACUCAAUGGCACUGAUCCAUAUGAAAUUAAUAAUUGGGUGGAAGGAAAGCACCUGGUUAAAAAAAUUAGAUCAGAUAUUGAUGAUGAAAAAAGAGCAAUUGCUGAAUAUUUGUUGGAGAAUUAUCCAAAGCUUUUAAAUUUAGUCGGUGUAAUUGAUUUGGAGAUCCCACAACCACCACCAAUACCUUCUCUUGAAUCAGCUUCUGAUUUAAUUAACAAUUUUAAAAUUCACGAAACUUUAUUAAAUGAUCUUGAUAAAGAUUCCAUUUUUAAUAAUAUUACAUUCGAAAUCAACAACGAUAAAAUAUCUGCAAAUUUAUAUAUUUUAGCAAUUUCUUCUGAAUUUUUCAAAGAUUAUUUAAAAGAAGGUAAAUUAAACUCAAUAUCAACAUGUUCAUUAACGGGAAUAGAUAAUGUUCAACCGGACAUUCUCAGAACAAUUAUUAGAGUUUUAUAUGGACAAACUUUAGAUAAUGCAGUUAAAUGCGUAUUUCCAAAUGAAGAUUUUCAAACAGAUAAAUUAUUUGAAUGCUUAAGGCUAUCAAGUUUAUUGAAAAUCAAAAAUCUCAAAGAGUAUCUCGAAUGCAAAUUAUGUUCAAUCUUAGCUAGUAACCUACAAAAAUUUAAAGAAUUUGCUAAACAAGUGAAUGGACAAGAAUAUCCAAUAUUAAGGAAAUAUUGUGAAGAAGUUUUAAAAGGAAAUCCCAAUGUAAUGGAAUAA